AUGUCGUCGGAGGACCGGUUGAAACUGCGCACCAGCGACAACGGCCCCGAGGAGAGCUCGACUUCCUCGCGGACCAUCGAACGCGACAGUGAGGAUUCCUUCUCGCUGCCGGCCAGUGACAAUCUCCGGCCAGGUCUUGAUGACAUUGAUCUUAACUCCUAUGUGGUGUGGUGGCAGGACGAAGAGGAUAACCAGCUGCGGAUAAAGGUGGGCGAUGAUACUGUACUCCUCAAGGACCACCUGCGAGAGCAGAAGGGGAUAAGCGCGCCCGACUAUCGCCCGAUCGAGGUCGUGGUCUCCCACCUCACGUGCACCGUCAAGGCGCCUCCGCCACGGCAGAAGCAGCUCACCGUAGGCACCCAACUCAACAUCGUGGCCAAGGUCAAGGAGAAGAAGGAAGAGCUGGACCUUCUCCACGACGUCAACUUUUACCUCAAGCCCGGAGAGAUGACGCUCCUGCUCGGCGCACCAGGCUGCGGGAAGAGCACUUUGCUCAAACUCCUGGCGGGCAAUCUGCCACACGGCGAUAAGAAAGGAACGCUGUUGUUCAACGGCCAGGACCCAAGCCAGGGCAACUACAAGCGUUCGAUCUCUUUCGUGCCCCAAUCCGACACCCACAUCGCUCAGUUGACGGUGAAAGAGACGCUGCGCUUCAGUGCCGACUGUCAGAUGGCCCCGUGGGUCGAGCGGGCCGACCGUGCGCGCCGGGUGGACACCGUCCUCCAGGUGCUGGGCCUCUCCCACCGAGCCAACACCGUGGUCGGUGACGCGCUGCUGCGGGGCGUGUCCGGCGGCGAGAAGAAGCGCGUGACCAUCGGCGUCGAGGCGGUCAAGGACUCGUCCAUCUUUCUCCUGGACGAGCCAACUACCGGCCUCGACUCAUCGGCCUCCUACGAUUGUCUGCGUCGAAAGGUGCUUCGCACGGUGCGGCUUUUGGCGGACAUGAAGGCCACGGUGCUGGCCUCGCUGCUCCAGCCCAGCUACGAGGUCUUCAACCUCUUCGACAACGUGCUGAUCCUCACCCACGGCAAGGUGGCCUUCUUUGGCACGCGGCAAGAGGCGCUCGACCACUUCGCCAGCCUGGGCUACAGCAACAUCGAAAACACCAACCCGGCCGAGUUCCUCCAGGAGGUGGCCGACAGCGGAGCGGGCUUCGUGGCCAACCCGGGCAAGUACCGACCCGAUGCGCGGGCCUUGGACGACGAAGAGCAGGGGUACCAGGACGACUUCCACUGGCUCACAUCCGACGAAUUCGUCGACGCCUACCACAAGUCGCCCUACUACGAAAACACGCUCAAGUACAUCGAGAAGAGCACUUCCACGUCCUCGUCAAGCAGCGACGUCAAGCUUUCGUCCAGCGAUCCAGCACUGGAAGGUGGUCACCACGAGCCCGAGUACCCGACGUCGGGCCUCAAGCAGUUCUACCUCCUGACCAAGCGCGCCUUCACCAAGGAGUGGCGCGACAUGGAGACGAACCGGUCGCGAAUCGUCAGCGCCCUGUUCCUCUCGCUGGUGCUGGGCACCCUCUUCCUGCGCAUCGGCAACCACCAGGACGACGCGCGUACGAAGCUGGGCCUGGUGUUCACCAUCAUGGCCUACUUCUCCUUCUCCUCGCUCAACGCGCUGCCCAACAUCAUCGCCGACCGCGCGGUCUACUACUAUCAGCGCGACACACGAUACUACUCGCCGUUGCCCUACAUUCUCUCCAACAUCUUGGCCGAGAUCCCGAUGACAGUGAUUGAAACGCUCAUUUACUGCUGCAUCACGUAUUGGAUGACUGGCCUCAACUCGGCCGGCGAUCGCUUCAUCUACUUUGUGCUCAUUUGUGGCGCCUACUACUUUAUGACGCGCGCGUUCAACCGCUUCAUCGCGUGCAUUUCGCCCGACCUGGUCUCUGCGCAAGGCAUCUCGCCCGUGUUCACCGCUCUGUCCAUCCUCUUCGGCGGUUACAUCAUCACACGGAUCUACGGCUUUCAGGGGCUGGUGGCCAACGAAUUCUGGGGCGAAACGUACUGGUGCAACCAGGCAUGCCAGAUCACGAGCGGAACGGACUACGCCGUGAACCAGUUUGAUGUGUGGAACUACUCCUGGAUCAAGUGGGUGUUUCUGGCCGUGGUCAUCUGCUACUGGUUCAUCUGGAACACGCUGGCCUUCCUUGCCUUACACGAUCCUCCGCCUGCCCAGCGCAUGAAGGAAAAGGAGAGCACCGGUGAGGAGCUCGCCGAAGUCAAUAUCCAGCAGAUCAAGCAGGAAGCAGCCCACAAGAAGAACAACAAGAAAGGCCGCAGCAACGAUCUGGAGGCUGCCGAGCCCGGGGCCUAUCUCUCGUGGAGGAACCUCAACUAUUCCGUGUUUGUGAGGGACAAGCUCAAGAAGAAGGAACUGCAGCUCUUGCACGAUGUGUCUGGAUACGUCAAGCCCGGCAUGAUGCUCGCUCUCAUGGGUUCGUCUGGUGCUGGCAAGUCGACCCUGCUCGACGUGCUGGCAAGGCGCAAGACCGGCGGCAAGAUCACGGGCGAAAUUCUCAUCAACGGGCGCAAGGCCGACAGCCAGCUGAACCGUAUCAUCGGCUACGUCGAACAGCAGGACAUCCACAACCCGACCCAGACCGUGCUCGAAGCGCUCGAGUUCAGUGCCACCGAGCAGAAGCGGCAGUACGCGCGCAGCCUGCUGACCAUCCUGGGCCUCGAGAAGCAGGCCGACAUGGUGAUCGGCAACAACGCGCAGGACGGUAUCUCGGCCGACCAGAGGAAGCGCGUCACUAUGGGCGUCGAGAUGGCUGCCGACCCCGCGAUCCUGUUCCUGGACGAGCCCACGUCAGGUUUGGAUUCGUUCGGCGCCGAGCGGGUCAUGAAGGCCGUGAAGAACAUCGCGGCUCGCGGCACGCCCGUGGUGUGCACCAUCCACCAGCCGUCGGCCACCCUCUUCGCCAUGUUCACGCACCUGCUGCUGCUCAAGAAGGGCGGCUACACCACCUACUUCGGACCCAUCGGGGACCGCCCGGGCGACUGCUCGGUCAUGCUCGACUACUUUGCCGGCGCGCUCGGUCGCGAGAUCAAGCCCUUCCAAAACCCCGCCGAGUUCAUUCUCGAAGUCACCGGCUCUGGGAUCUCCAACAAGUCGGAGAAGAAAACGACCGUCGAGGGCGAAGAAGACAGUGAGCCAGUGUCGCUCAAGAGCGCGGACCAGGACCAGGACGUGGCCGUGGCGGCCUUCCGAGCCUCUAGCUAUUUCAAGGACACCCAAGACGCUCUCGAGCGAGGGAUCUACACCCGGGAGGGCGAGCAGACCGAUUCCUCGGGCCGCCUGCGCAAGAAGUGGAAGCAGAUGAAGGCGAAGAUGCAGGGCCGGUACUCCACGCCGUUCUACGUCCAGCUCAAGGAGCUGCUCGUGCGGUCCUUUGUGCAGUACUGGCGGACGCCACCGGAUUUCAUCGCCAAGAUCAUGUCACCCCUCGUGCUCGGCGUCAUCAUGGGGUUGCUGUUCCUGCAAAUAGACAAUGACCAGGAGGGCGCCACGCAACGAGCGGCGGCCAUCUACUUUUCGCUCAUCAUCUGCAACCUGAUCUCUUUCGCCUUGAUUGCGCGUGUGAUCACCGAUCGAGCCGUGUUCUACCGCGAAAACACUUCGCGCACGUACAACAGCAUGGCCUACGCGAUCACGAUGACCGUCGUUGAGUACCCCUUUGCGCUGGUCGCCACCGUUCUCUACAUCAUUCCGUUCUACUUCAUUGCCGGCCUGCAGUACGACGCGGGCAAGUUCUGGAUCUUCUUCGCCGUGCUGCUCCUCAACUUCCUCAUCACCUUUGCCCUGGUGCAAGCGCUGAGCCUCCUGGCGCCCAACUUCGUGUUGGCCAGCACCUUCUGCGCCGUGGCCUUCACCCUCUUCGCCAUCUUCUCCGGAUUCCUCAUCUCCCGCGACAACAUCCCACCCUGGUGGAUAUGGGCUCAUUAUCUCGAUAUAAAUAUGUAUCCGCUUGAGCUGCUGGUGGCGAAUGAGAUGGACGGUCUCAAGCUGCACUGCGCCGACAGCGAGUACCUGCAGGUGCCGAUCAGCGGCACGCCCGGCGCGACGAAGGCCUUCUGCCCGAUGAACGCGGGCGAGGACUUCCUCGACUCGGUGGACUUUGACAAGGACAACAUGCUGCGUGACGGGCUGGUCUUCCUCGGCUUCUACAUUGCGUUCCUCGUCGGCAUCGUCCUGUUGAUCAAGUUUGUCAAGCACCAGAAGAGAUGA